UCUUCCAUUGACUGGCACUUCAAGUCUUCGCUCACCACUCCUUCCACAUCCAAUAAAAAUCCAUUUCUGUUCGAAAAAAUAUCAAAAUUAUAAGCAGAUUUUUUUUUUGAAGGUUAAUCAUGUCAGCCCUCAUCACCUCUACAUAUUUUUGCUUAUUUUGCAUUCUCUGCUUCAGCAUAAGAAUUAGAUCGGAUCCUCGUUACCAUUGGUGCCCAGAUACAGCUACAUACAGUCCUAAUAGCACCUAUCGAUCCAACUUGAAUCAAACUUUACUUUCUUUAUCUUCAAACGGCACCUGGGAGAAUGGGUUUUACACUUACAAGGUCGGUCACGGCCCUUCCGACACUGUCUACGGUCUAUUUCUAUGUAGGGGCGAUGUUAACACUGAUGAUUGCCAACAAUGUGUGAAAGAUGCUAUCACUGAUGUCCUGAAACGUUGUCCCAAGGAAAAACGGGCAACUAUCUGGUACGAUUAUUGCAUGUUACGCUACUCAAAUGAAUCUAUAUUAUCGAGGCUGGAGAUGUCUUUCACUUUAUACCUGUCUAAUAUGGAGAACAUUACAGAUGAACCCAAUAGGUUCAGACAGUUAUUAGGAGAGACGAUGAAUGAAAUAGCAUCGGAAGCAGUUAAUAGUAAUCUCCCCGGUAAGAAAUUUGCUACAAAAAUAGCUAACUUCACGGAAUUUGAAAGAUUGUAUACACUGGCACAGUGCACGCCAGAUCUUACGAGUGGUGAUUGUGACAUCUGCCUUCGAAAUGCGAUCCCGCAAUUAAGAACAUGUUGUGAUAAUAAGAAAGGGGGAAGAGUUAUUUUUGAAAGCUGUAAUAUUAGGUAUGAGACUUACUCCUUCUUUGAUCCUACUACGGUCCUUGAACCACAGCCUACUCCAAAUAUUCCUCCUAUUCAGCCACCGGCUCCCUCGCCUUCUACAACCGGUCAAGGAAAUGGAGGAAUUUCAAAACAAGUUAUUCUUGCCAUCGUUGUUCCAAUUGCUGUUUCGUUAGUGCUUUUUUUCAUAGGCAGCUGCUUCUUGAAAAGGAGAACGAGGAAGGAACCUCAUGGUGCUGUGAGUGAGGAAAAUGGUAAGAUACGAGCACACAAAGGAAAUGAGAUUUCGUCAGUUGAAUCCUUGCAAUUUGACUUGAAUACUAUUGCGCUUGCUACCAACAACUUUUCUGCUGACAACAAAAUUGGUGAAGGUGGAUUUGGUAGUGUCUACAAGGGUACCUUCCUAAAUGGACGAGAAAUAGCUGUAAAGAGACUUUCCAAAAGUUCAGGACAAGGUGCAAAAGAAUUUAAGAAUGAGGUUGUACUUAUUGCCAAGCUUCGACAUAGAAAUCUAGUAAGACUCCUAGGAUUUUGCUUGGAAGGAGAAGAGAAGAUACUUGUUUAUGAAUAUGUGCCCAAUAAAAGCCUCGAUUAUUUUCUAUUCGAUGCAGAAAAGCGACAAAUGUUGGAUUGGUCAAAACGUUACAAGAUCAUACGAGGAAUAGCACGCGGAUUGGUUUACCUUCAUGAAGAUUCUCCUGUACGAAUUAUACACCGUGAUCUCAAAGCUAGCAAUAUAUUAUUAGAUGGAAAUAUGAAUCCCAAAAUAUCAGAUUUUGGCAUGGCAAGAAUUUUCGACGUUGAUCAGUCUCAAGGAAAUACAAGUAGGAUUGUAGGGACAUAUGGUUACAUGUCUCCAGAGUAUGCAAUGUAUGGAAACUUCUCUGUAAAAUCUGAUGUUUUUAGCUUUGGCAUCCUUAUUUUGGAAAUCAUAAGCGGCAGAAAGAAUAGCAGCUUCUACCAAUCAGAUGGCGCUGAGGAUCUCAUAAGCUAUGCUUGGAAGCUUUGGAGAGACAGUAGACCCUUGGAAUUGAUGGAUAUAAAAUUACAAAACACAUAUGUUAGGAAUGAAGUAAUUCGAUGCAUUCAAAUUGGCUUACUGUGUGUUCAAGAAGAUGCUAAUGAAAGACCAAACAUGGCUUCAAUACUUUUGACACUCAAUAAUCAUUCAGCUACUCUUACUCUUCCUCGUCAACCUGCAUUUUUUCUUCGUAGUAGAACACAAUGCUUGCCCAAAGUGCAAGAUUCUUACAAACCCACGUCGGCUUGGAUAUCCUUCUCUGUAAAUGAAGCAUCAAUUUCUGAAUUAUAUCCAAGAUAGAGAAUUAAAAGUACAAAUAACACGUAAGACUUUAGGAAUGCUAUUUUUUAUCUGUCGUUGGGAGUUUCUUCAGAUGAAUGUACUUAAUUAGCCACAUAUUGUUCAUUUAACCCUUGUUUGACCCUAUUUUGAGGGAAAGAAUGUAUUUUGAAUAGUA